AUGCGGUGGUUCUCGUCCCCCUUCCACGAUUUACGGUCACGUCUUAUUCGCCGUGUACAUGCGUCCACCGUGGCGACCGUCCUAAGACCAUAUCAAGAACAGUGUCUUGACGCCUGUCUUGAAGCGCUCGCCUCUGGGGUAUCGAGAAUUGGAGUAUCACUGCCUACAGGCUCUGGAAAGACAACCGUUUUUGUUUCCCUUCUUUCCCGUUUGGUUCCAUCGGCUUGGAAUCCUGUGGCAACACGAAGCCUUAUCAUCGUGAACAGCGUCGAGCUUGCCCGCCAGUCAGCCUCUCAGGUUGCUAGUUUGUUUCCCCAAUGGUCUGUAGAGAUUGAGCAAGGAGCGAAAUAUAAAGCGUCGGGAUUUGCUGAUGUCACCAUUGCCACCUACCAAACCCUCAAGUCGGCAGAACGUUUGGCCAAGUUCGAUCCACACAAGUUGAAAGCGGUUAUCGUUGACGAAGCCCAUCACGCAGCGGCACCCUCUUAUCGCAAAGUACUAGCACAUUUCCAUCCAGACAUUAAACAUCCUGAUCCUUUAUUCGCCGCUCCUUCUCCACCUCACAGAAUUCCAAUCGUUGGCUUCUCUGCGACGUUCAGUCGUCACGACGGUUUGGCCCUCGGAUCGAUCUUCGAACGUAUUGUUUACCAUCGUGACUUUCUGGAAAUGAUCAAGGAACAAUGGCUUUGCCCUGUACGAGUGACAUCUGUUCGCGCCAGCAUCGACCUAAAGAGCGUGACCAUUAACACUCGCACUGGUGACUUUAACCCAACCAGCUUAGCGCACGUUAUCAAUACGGAGACAAUCAAUGAGUUGGUAGUGAAAACCUGGAUUGAUCGCGCUUCAACUCGCAAAUCCACGCUCGUGUUCUGCGUGAACGUAGCUCACGUUCAUACACUGACACAGUCCUUUCGGCAAUUCGGGGUCGAUGCAAGAUAUCUGCACGCCGGUACACCUAUUGCGGAGCGAAAGGCACUGGUUGCAAUGUUCAAGGCCGGGCACUUUCCAGUCCUCGUCAACUGCGCUAUACUGACCGAAGGCGCGGACAUACCGAACAUCGAUUGUGUUCUCAUAGCCCGGCCAACUCGUUCCCGUAAUGUCUUCGCUCAAAUGAUCGGAAGGGGAAUGAGACUCUCCCCAAACACCGAUAAAGGAGACUGUCAUAUUAUCGACUUGGUGGGCAGUCUUUCGAGGAUGUCUGGCGUUGUCUCCAUCCCUUCACUUUUGGGGCUUAAUCCAGCGGAGAUGGACAUUGAAGACAAAAGCCUGGAGUCCCUCGAGGCACGCGCCUCAGAUUCUACAUUCCCAGAUACCGAUGUGCCAACGCCCACAUCGAUCACCUACAUGGAGGAAGAGGACCCCUUUUCUGUUUCCUCUCAUGGUAGCUCGCACAUUUCCGCACUGAGCAGGAAUUCGUGGGUGGGCUGUGGUGACGACAUAUAUGUGUUAGAAUGUAUUGGAAAGGGCUUUAUUCGCAUUGAACGAUCUGGAGGAGAGCAGGGCCCCUUUACAGCACAUUACGCCCCGCCAAUGAUAGAUCGUCGGACAGCUAAUUCACUCCACGUAUCGCCUUACAUGCGCAGCCGCCAGGUUUUGACGGCAGAGACUCUAAAUGACGCGAUUUCCGGCUGCGACACCUGGGUGAAAACGAAAAUCUUACCUGGACAAUUGUCUCUCGCGUUGCUCCGUUCUGCUCGUUGGAGGAAAAGCCCUGCAUCACCGGGUCAGAUCAACUUUCUGGCAAGCCGUUGGCGGAAUCGUCGCCCAGAACAAAUUGACAAGACAAAAGAAUUAACCAAAGGCGAGGCUGCAAACAUCAUCACUCGUCUCAAACACGGUGCUCAGGUGCUAUUCUACUUCUCCAAUUCUCUACCCCCGCCCCUAUUAAUACAUCCUCCAUUAUUGUAG